UUGAAAUUUCAAGAUGGUGUUUGUUGUAGUUGUCAAAACAUAAAAAUAUUAUGAUGUAAGAAAUUAGUUAAAAGUGUAGUUUGUGAAUAUUUUUAUACAGUUGCAAAUAUUCUUAGUAGGAGUUAUAUGUUAGCCAACAUUUAUGUGGGCUGUUUGUGACAAAUGUGGUGAAAAGUUGUUUAUUUAUGAAACACUAUAAAUACAAUUAGUUUACUUUCCGUAUUUAUACGGAAGUAGGGAAGAUACGUGGAUACAAUGACUAAAACAAAGCGAACAAAAUGAGAGCAAUUGUUUUAACAUGUUCACUGAUCAUUUUGUUCACUAUAAACACAGUAUCCAGUGAGGAAGAGUGUCCGAACAAAUGUAACUGUAAAAGAAGUACACAAAAGGAUGGUGGCAUUAAAUUAAAAUGUGGAGACAUCGAAAAAGUGUCAGAUAUAGAACAACUAGACUUUUUGAAUUUGGCUAAUGAAAUUGCACAACUGAACUUGUCUGAAAACUUAUUGAAAACUUUCAAACCAAAAGUUGAGCUGAUAGCUUUACAAAAACUUGACCUAAGUAGGAAUCAAAUAAGUUCCUUGGAGGCCAAUCAAUUCUCAGAAGUUCCUAACUUAAGAAGAUUAGAUGUAUCAGCAAAUAACAUAAAAUAUAUUGAUAUAUCAGCUUUUUCAAAUUUGAAACACCUGGAAAGACUGAAGUUAAACCAAAACCAUAUUAAUUUUAUAACACAAGGAACAUUUGACUCCUUAUCUCAUUUAAAACAACUAGACAUAUCAAGUAAUCCCCUUAAUUGUGACUGUGGCCUUUUAUGGCUGCUAGACUGGACAUCAAAAAAUGGUGUUAAACUAAUUUCAAACCCAAAAUGUAACUCACCACCUGAAUUCAAGGAUGUGCCACUAAGAAAACUAAAAGUGGGUGUGGACAUACAUUGCAAGUCACCAGUAGGAAAUAAUGGAUUUCCAAGCCCAGAAAUGCUUCCUAGCCACAAUCAGGUGGUGUUUGAGGGAGAUUCUUUGCAAUUACAAUGCCGGAUGCCCAUUAUAUCUGAUUCAUUUGAUUCCCAAGAUGACUCAAAAAUAGAGUGGACUUGGUUGGAUUCAGAUCCCAAGAAAUAUUUUCCGGAUAUCACUAUUGAAAGGAAGUUAAUCCCCAGUGAUGGUUGGCUUGUCAGUGUUCUUAAUAUUAAUAGAUUAAAAAGAAACCACACAGGUAUAUGGAAUUGUUUGUUUUCUUCUGUUAGAGGGAAUCAUUCAAAAGGUAUAACUGUUGUGGUUAUAUCAGAUGAAACCAAAUACUGUCCAAUGGCUGUUACUUCUAACAAUAAGGGUACAUACAACUGGCCUAGAACAUUAGUUAAUUACACAGUGACAAUAUCAUGUGAAUCUUUAAAUCUAAACUAUGAUGAAAGUCAACAAAAAGCCUCAUAUCACUGUUCUACUGAUGGACUGUGGAAAAAUUUAAACACAAGCAUGUGCAGCUACAUAUCUGAUACAACAAAGAUUCUGGAGCAGUUCUCCAAAGUGAAUACCAGUAUUUUAGAAAGUGCCAAACAUUUUAGAAAUUAUACCUCAAACUUGAAAAUUUUCCGUGAUAUUAUGGAUCUUGUUUAUGCAGUUACUACCAUUGAUAAUUAUUUAAAACAUUCAUUAGACCAUUUGGGGGUGAUACUCAUGGAUGUAACCAAUAAUCUUUUGGAUCUACCCAAGGCGUAUUUCAAAAAAGCUGAUACAGAAUAUAAAGUUUGUGGCACCCUGUUAAAUUCGACGGAAAAUCUUGCGCAAAUGGGUUCAACAUCGUCGUUUCUAAAGAACAACAUAGCUGUAGAAGUUUUCCCUGCAAAAAAGGAUGGAUUUACUGGCAUGACUUGUACUUGGUACUUAAACCCUGACAAUCAAUUGGAUCCAUUGUUCUCUUGUGCUUCAAAUAAUCAAGUGGAUGCCUUGAGCGUCAAAGGAAAAGUGGUGGAAGCUUCAAUCACAAUUCCAGACAGCUUAUUUCAUCAACUGCAAGAAGAUUUUGAUUAUGUUCUUACAAAUAAGGCAUAUAAAAUACUUAUAUCCAUGCAUUCAUCUAACAAAUUGUUCCCAAUACGUGAUGAGUCGUCUAAGGAGGACGUCACUUCUGCUGUUGUUGGCGCCAAAUUAGUUGAAUUGGAGGUAACCAACUUGACUGAGCCCAUUUACAUUAUGCUUCGCACACCUGCAUCAUUGGUAUACGAGGUAACCCCAUUUAUACCGGUAUGGUGGAACUCCAAGCUGAACAAUAAUACAGGAGGAUGGUCUAAGGACGGCUGUAGCUUUAGUCAAGAGUUGCAGGAUCAUUUGGUUUUUUCUUGUCAUCAGUUUGGGUAUUUCGGACUAUUACAAGACGUCACGCACAUGCAGAACAUCGAAGCUGGUGCUAAGUUCAAGUGGUCACAUCCUGCUAUUUAUGUCGGUAGUUUUAUUUUAUUUUCGUCGCUUUUAAUUAUAAUUUUAACGUAUCUGCUGUGUUACACCACCAUUCAGAUGCCGAAAAAGGCGAAACACUCACUUAUAAAUAUGUGGAUAGCUAUCUCAAUUCUUUGUUUUAUGUAUGUAUUUGGUAUAUAUCAAACAGAGGAUGAAGGACUCUGUCAGAUUAUUGGAAUGAUAUUACAUUAUCUCACGUUAUGUUCUCUGUUGUGGAUGUGUGUAGGAGUCAAUUGCAUGUACAAACGUCUCAGUAAGAACGAUAUAAUCAGUUUGCAGGACGACGAUCUUCCAUCCGAUCAGCCAAUACAAAAACCAAUUCUGGGAUUGUACCUGGUGGGUUGGGGAAUUGCUUUAAUUAUUUGCGGAUUGUGCGCCGCCAUUAACAUGAAAGAAUACGCUUCUCCUACCCAUUGUUUCCUGCGGACCGGUCCAGCAUUAAGUGCCCUCUACAUUCCAUUUGCGGUUUUGAUGAUGUUCUUAAUAAUAUUUUUCCUACUAAUUAGAUGCGCUAUUUAUAGCUUGGACGCGAAUGGCCAUCUAAGUGAAGGCACACAAGCCACCGAACACGUGGACUUGGAUUUGCUCGAACCCAAUUUCCCGAACGUUGAAACUCGUAGUAUUAGAAGUGUGUCAAGUAAGACUGCUUCAAGUGAAGUAGAAGACCCCGAACAUGCUCCCGCUGCUCAAUUAAAAGCCUACAUAAUAUUUUUAUUCCUUUACAUCGCUACCUGGCUCAGUUGUGCUUUCUCAACCGUUCCUCCAUUCCACGUGGUGUCAUUUGAAGAAGAUUUGUUCAGCAUAGCUUUUGCCAUUUUGUCAACCACUUUGAGUGCUUUCACUUUGUUCUUUUAUUGUGUGGCCAGAAACGAUGUUAGAACGCAGUGGAUGGUCUGUAAUAGAUGGUGGAAAGCUAAAAGGAUAUUCAGGUCGAGAAAUGUGUCGGAUACGACGCCUCCUGUGCCUCAAAUUCAACAACUUCCUCUGCCACCCAUUGUGGCGCCUGAAAGUCAAAUUCUCUCACGUAGCAGCAGUCGUACUUCCAGUCACACCAAAUCUAACUCGCACACCAGCAAUAUUUUAAAAGGUGCUGUAGACUUGAAUGGUUCAUUCAGUGAUGGACAAGGGGCUAGAAUUAACAACGUAAACUUAGUUGUAUUACACAGACAACAGUACAGGAACAAUAUUAUUCCGAACAUUAUAGAAAAUCCUACUAAUGCAGCUGAGGUGUUUUAUAAUCCUCAUCAAGCCUCAGUUGCCAGAAAAUUCUUUAAGAGGCAAAAAAGACAUCAGUUAAAAAAGAAUAACCUCACGACUCGUCCCAGAGAUUUAAACAGUGACACAGCUUCGGUAUUUUCCGAACCAAAGGCAUUGCCAAAACAAAAGAACAAAGACCAGAGCAUGUUUGGUACAAAUUCUAAAGUUAACAACACAAAUAUUCAUGUGGAGCAAGUCAAGAAAGUGCAGCAGAAAAAUCCGAAUAUCUUUUCAGAUAGUGGGGACGAAUACAACUCUUUAAACAAUGUCCCAGUAGAAAAUAUUGUGAUAAACGCCGAAAGGCUGCGACGGAAGGAAAUAACAAAACACAAAACCAGGAAAAAACACAACGAAUCUAAUGUUUCUCAGACACCAGAAAACAAUAUUAGAUCCGUGUCCCAGCAAUGCACCCUCGAGUAUAGCUCGGACAACGUGUCCGAUUCGAUACUGGACAAGGCCAGCCCCGAAAAGAGCCUGUUGCCCAAUCAAAUUAGUUUCAUGACGGAAGGUAGCGAUCCCAUUGCCUCCACGCGACGAGAAAACAGUCCUAUUGGAAGCGUUCUCACCGAGGAGGACGUAAAUUUCAAAAUUAAUGACGUGCACAGCGACAGCACGUUGCAUAACGAAUACUUCCAAGAGAAAUACGACACGUGUCGCCGCAACCCCAAGUCUCAAAAUGUGCCAAGCGAAAUAAGUUUCAGUGUUAUGGAGUCUUCGGUGAGCGGUAUAAACGAAUCGUUGUCGAGAAUUUACAUAAAUCCCUCUCAUGAAAUGCACUUGAUCAAGGGCGGAUCUGGCAGCAGAGCUAGCAGUGUUUCCGUUAGCGAUCUGGACGAGCUCUAUCAGCAGAUUCGUAGAGGACCGGAGCCGAAACAUUCGCGGCCGGUGUUUAUAAACAGCGGGAGCGCAUCCCGGGCAAGUCCGUGUCUUUCAGACUCUGAAGUCACGUCGUAUGUUAGUGACAUGAGGCUGAGGCAUCGGGGUAGAUGUAGCAUCGAUAAUGUAAGCGAUAAUGUCGAAACUACAGUCUAGUGUGUUUAUAUGUUAUUAUUUAUUAUUAUUUAUUAGGUUUUCGUACUCAAUAAGCGAUUCAAAAGGUCUCAUAAAGUAAACGUCUGUAUACUAUCUUUGAACGAGUCGUCGCGGUGAUGCAUCUCAGCGAAUUAAUGAAACAUUUAGUUUAUUACAUUUGUCAUUGUCAGUAACACACUUAUGAAAAUCAAUUUUUACAUGAUUUUUCGUACAUGUGGCCUUAACAUUGUUUAUGUGGAGUGGUCAUUUUUGAAAUACGUAAAAUAUUUAUACGAAACCAUUAUCGUCUGGUGUUGAAAAGAUUCUUUAGUAUUUACAAUUAUUGGUAUUAAAAUAAAAAUGAAUUAUAUAUUUAUCAGUCUUGAAAGAGGGAAUAUGUGUAAUAAUUUUUAAUUUGUGAUUGAAAAUGCUUUUUUUAUAAUCGUGGCGUAUAUCCAAACAAACUGUUUCUAGUACAAUUACUGACUGUGCAAAAUCUUUAUUAGAAUUGUUAGUUCAAUUAAUUUUCAAUAAAAUGUUUUACGUAACAUGUGCACAGGUUUCUGUUUAGAUUAAUAAUUUAUUUAAUGAUUGCAGCACUAUCAGCAGUUGUUUCUAAAAACAAUGUUGAUGCUUUAACUGUUUUUAAUGCCUAGUUAGAUAAAUUAAUACCUUAAAAAUGUUUAGAACUUAUAAGAGAUUAUCUUUGUAUUUAUCUUCCUAAUAUAAAAACCUAUGGUUGUGAAACAGUUAUGGUAUAAUGACGCAUAUUAUUUUUAGUUCAAUUUCUUCUUUAGAGUUUUAUAUAGUUUUCGACUUCUAACAAGCACUCCCAACAUAGAUUGGAUUUACUUUUAUACAAAUACAGGUAUACAAAUUAAUAUUACGCAAUUGACCUCAGGAUAAAAGGAAAAAAUGAUAAUAUGAAUUAAUUUUAUUUUGUGAUUUUGCAACAUGAAAUUUACUUAAAAUAUUAGAUAAUUAAGUACAUUUUUUCGCAAAUUUGAGCUUGACUGAUGUAACUGCUCAACUACGUGUGUUUCUGUGUUCUCGCCUCGUUCGCACAAAUUGUAAAAGUGAUUUACAAUAUUGUCAAGAUUUUUGCUAUAAUGUGUAGCUAAACCUCUUUUUUGGAGCGCAUAUUUUGCAAAUAGUUAUACAUAAGAGUCAUUGUACAGCCUAUAUUUUUUGUACCCAAAAUAUACAUCGAAUGUGCAUUAUUAGAUAAAAUUACGUUUAUUUCAUUAAUUAUUGUAGCUUGCUCUCUAUUAUUUAGCAAAUGGAAAUAAUACUGAUUUAAAGUAAGCAUAAACUUAUGCUACCUGUGAUAAUUGUGCUUAUUAUUAUUUUUAAAUACUCAAUUAAUAUUUGAAUCCCGUACCUUUAAUAUAUGAAUACAAAAUAUGUAUUACCAUAUCUGAUGUAGUAGUUUAAAUUAUUCAUUUGUAGUUUCAUUUAAACACUACAAUUUAUUAAGUAUUCAUAAAUUUAAAUCAGUUUUAUUGCUUAACAAUUUCUUUAAUCACUAUCUUAAAAUAGUAAAUAUUUAUAAAAACGUUUUAAGACGGUGGUUUAGAUAUAAAUUUUAUUGUAUAGAUAAAUGUGGAAAGUUGCUAAGAGUAUUGUAAAAAUGUACAAUUUAAAGACUGUUACAAUAGUAUUAAAUAAAUUGCUAUGAAAAACAUUGUUAUAAAUCAUUGUGAAAAAUAAUGUGUAACCAAUAAAAUAAGAUUCAAGUAA